AUGUCUUCUUCGUUGCCCCAGACUUCCAAUGACACCCCGACUACUACAUCUCCCAUCACAAAUCCUUCCUCCACCCUCAACAACCCCGUUGAUUCAAACCAAGCGGCUCAUCCCCUCAAGGUCUCAUUUACAAAUAUGAACAAUGAUCCGUCUGCGCAGAAUGGCCGCUCUAAAAGAAACAAACGGGACAGUCGCAAAAAGCGCGAGGCCAAAGGUACCACCGAAGGGACAGCAGAUGUACCUGCACCGGUUCCUCGUGAAAAGAAGCCCACCUCCUCAUCCUCCAACUCUGCAAUUCCGUCUUCUGAGCUCAAAAUGAUCAUGCCCAUUUAUCUGGCGGAUCCGCGGCCAACGGACGUUCUACACCCACGACCCCGCCAGAUGAAUUUUGCCUGUGAAAAGCACUCGGCUAUUCUUAACCAGUCAUGGAAGUUCUAUGAAAUUGCUGAUAAGCUCAGCAACAGGAACGGUUUCCGCUACACCUACGCCGCAAUGGACCCAUCUUUCCCGCACAUAAAGUACCGCCAAACCGACGUUCCCCCUUACCACUCGCGUUUCAGCUUUGAAGAUUCGCCGGUCGCUAUAUCAUUCACCGAAGAUGGCCUGGCUGUAACUACAAACGAACCCUGGCACUCUGCGCGUGCCAAUGUCUGUGCCCGGGAGGGCUCCUAUUACUACGAAGCACGUGUAAUUAGUGGAAUUGUAAAGGGAGCAGAGCAGCCACCUAGCGGCUCGCCACGGGGUAAUAUCCGGCUUGGUUUCGCGCGUCGUGAGGCAGAUCUCGACGUCAAUGUUGGAGUCGACUGUUAUGGCUAUGGUAUCCGUGAUGUCAAUGGAGAGGUAGUUAACCGCAUGCGAUGUGAAUAUUUCUUUCCAAAGGAUGAAGCAAUAAAUGAGGGGGACGUCAUUGGCAUGCUCAUCACUCUUCCACCGCUAUGGCUGCAUAGAAAAAUCGUGGAAGGUUCCUACGACCCGGCCGUCGAUGGCGAUGGCACUGCACACACGACCAGCAGCGCAAACACCAAGAUUCUCCCCCCAGCCCAAAACCUAAUCCGCGACCGCAUCCCAUUCCACCUCAAAUCUGACUUUCUCUAUCAACAAUCUCACAUCUUCCCAUCCAAGCAUCUGCGCGACUACGCCUUCAACCUUAAAGAGACGCCAACCUACGGCGCUCCCUCCCCAACAAACGCCGAAGACCCUUCUCUCCGCACACUACCAGGCUCAUACAUCACGAUUUACAAAAACGGCGUAAAAAUGGGAACACCUUUUAAGGAUCUGUUUGCUUUCUUGCCACCUGCAUCGAGAGCUACGCAGGCUAGCAAUAAUAUGGGUGUGGGCGAGAGGGAGAAUGCAGACGAUGGAAUGAUUGGAUAUUUCCCUGUUGCUAGUUGCCAUGGGGGCGGGGCUGUGGAGGUGAGGUUUGAAGGGCCGUGGUGGGUGGGGCCACCCAAGUCAACUGAAGAGGAAGAUGGGAGACAGGGUGUGGUGAUUAAGGGGUUUGGAGAGAGGUAUGAUGAACAGAUCGUUGAGGAUGUGGUGGCUGAUAUUGUGGAUGAGGUUGAGGCGUCGUUUAGGGGAUGGGGUGGUGGUGCGCCCGCUGCUACGGCUGCUGCGGCGGCUGCUGUGAAUGUGGGAAUUGGUGCAGGUGAGGGUGCUGCUGGUGUUGCGGGGGUUCUCAUGGAUGAUGGAACGAGUGUGAGUGUCAAUAUUGGUACUCCGCUGCACGGGCCUGUGGCUGGUGAAACUGCGGCUUCGGAAGAUGUGGAAAUGGUGAUGUAA